GAUGUGUGUAAUAUACUGGUGUGAGGUGCUGGAGAUGACACCUGAGAGGGACAGAUGCACCGCGUCAAUACCUCUUCUGAUAGUUUCGUGCUGUUGUCGCCCUAUUUUCUAAUUUCCUAAGCAUGGAGCAGAAUCGAGAGACAAUCAGACUGAAUUCUGUACGCAGGAUAGAUCCUCAUGUGGCACAGAUAAUGGACAGUGCCAAUCGCACAGCAUUGUACUCGUAUGAACAAGGUGGUGAAUCAUGGGCCAAGACAGAUGUGGAAGGGACUCUAAUGGUCUACUCUCGGUUGGCCCCACCUCAUUAUAUGGUCACCAUCAUAAACAGACUAAAUAAAUCCAAUUUCAUUGAGCCCCUCUCAUCUGCCUGUGAUAUUCAAGUAAAGCCUCCAUAUCUACUCUUCAGGAAUGCUAAAGGUGGUAUAUAUGGAAUAUGGUUUUCAGAAGCAGAUGAUGUACAGCGCAUAGCAGCUGCUAUUCAGGAACAUAUGAAAAGUGAGCCUCCACCUGCACCUCAACCUGCUCCUAAUAUAAUGGCUGAUCCAGCUAUUGCUGUUGCUGGUGCUGCUGGUGGGGACAUUAUGAGCAUGCUCUCCCGUGCUCAUGGGGAGUUUGAAAGCAAGCGUCAGGAACCACGUAGCAUUGUGAACACAGCUACAAGUGCAAGUAAUGAUCUGGUUAAACCAGCACCUCUAAGAGUUCAAGCUGGGGAACAAAACACUGUUGCUGAUUUCUUUGCCAAAGUUUCAGGAGCACAGGCUGGCCUUGGUACUGGCUUGCAUUCUCCUGGUUCAGGGCCCCCGGUCUCUACAGCCACUCCAUCAUCAGGCACUAAUCCUGUAUUGCAGAAAUUAUUUCAAGGGGCAGCUGCUGUGGGUGGUCAAGCCAUGGUGCAGAUUCCUGCUGGUGCAGCUGUUCAAGGUCAACAAGGAGCCACUAAUCCUAUUCCCAUUCCUGGUUCAGCACCUCAGAACCAUCCAUCAUCAUUAUCUUCAAGUGUUCCAGGGGGAGCGCCUAUUUCUCUACAAGAAUUAGAGGGACGAUUUAAAGAUAAUUUGAGAAUGUCAAAUCAGGUGAAAGAAGAAGAAAUGUGUCAGUUUAAUCAGCAUCAAAAACAUCAUGAAUCGUAUUCUCAGCAACUAUCUCACAAUGAGCCUUCACUACUUUCACCUCAAGUGUUUACAAGUUCACGAAACUCAGAGCCGACUAUGAGUGGUACCCCUCCUAUUGAUGUUACUGGUCCACGCACUUUUCCCGGUCUGCUAACCCCAGGCACUACAGUAGCAAUGGAUAUGAGGCCGCUUAAUGGCUCUCAAGAAUCUCUUCAUGAUGGGAUAAUUGGUACCUCUUCGCAAGUGACUCCUCUGACACAGGAACAGUUGGUUCAGGCAUUUACCCUACUCCUCAAGAAAGACGAUUUUGUUAGACAAUUACAUGAAGCAUACGUUCAGGCUUUAAAUCAGUCUCUCAAGGGUUGUUUGUAGGUAAACAACAGUAUAAUUGUAGUAAAUUCAUGUCAUUUGGUUUUCCAUGUGCUUAUGCAUUCUCAUGUGCUAGUGCUCAUUAUAAGUGCAUUCAUGACAGUGAAUAUAAUUGAUCGGUAGUUAUUUGUCACAUCUAAUAUAAAACUAAAUGAAACUUAUAUUUUUAGCAAAGUUUUACAAAUAUAUACGGAAUCGUGUGGGAGAAAGUAUUAGCUUUUUCAUAUGCUGUGUAUCAUAUGUCUGUGUGUUGUUUUGUGUUGUGUCUGCAGUAAUGGAGAGGUAGAAAACAUAAUUGAGAGUUACUGUGUAGACUGACACCUUCUUUACAGAAAUUCCAUAUUGUAAUUUAUUCUGCCUUGUCAGUCGUUCUUGGCACAAACUUUUUUCAGAUAACUUGAUAAAUGAUAGCUAGAGAUAUGUUAUAUUCAUGUUAGCCCUGCUUAUAUCCUGAGGAAAAUGAUUUCUUCAAACCAUUUUAAAUGUGUAUUAAAACUGUUACUCAUUCAUAAUCUAGAACCACCAUUGGCAAGAUUUCUGGGAAUGAACUCUUAAAUCGCACAUUUGGUGUCUCUGUCCUUUAUAAUAUUCAGGCUGUGGAAGUGUGUUGUACAGUAUAGGGCUUUGGAUAAUGUAGUUCAUUAAUUUUACCAAGAAAAUAAAUAAUUUUAGUUCCUCAGGUGGCAAAUUUUAAGAAUUCAUUUUUUUUUUUUUGUUUUUUUUUUUUUUGUUUUUUUGUUUUACAAUUGUUUUGAGUUUCAGUAUGAUAAGAAUGAAGCUCUUUUAUUGCUUUGAUAUAAACUUUCAGAAUUGUACCUGAUCCAUGGUAUUCUACGAAAGGCAUUAAAAUUCUUGUUUUUAUUUACCUGCAAUAAAGAUUGUCAUAUUUUAGAUUGCGGUAAUUCUGACUACAGAUGUUAUUUGCAUUUUUAAUUCCAAAGACUAUUUUUUUUUAUUGUAUUGUGUACAUUAAUUAGUAAUGAAAUCUCUCAGUGUAAGAGCAUGAGAUCUGCAAAGUGAAAUGAUUAAUUCACAGGUAAGAAUAAGAAGUAGAAUGACUGUAUAACUCUGGGAAGAGUUAAUUACUGUUACUCUCCUUAUCUUGUUAUAUAAAUUAUGUAUUUUAUAUUGUAUGAUUUUGUCUUGUAAAAAUAUUACAGGUAUGAUUCCUCUCUACAAUUGGAUUAUUAUACAGUAUAAUAAUAUACACCUAAACAUGAGGUACUUUGGUGGUAGUAAGACUUUUGUUUUCCAAGACAGCAAUCAAAUAAGAUUGGCUUCUUUGUGAGGACUUCUUAGUUAUCAUACGAGUUAUUUAAAUUUAACCAUGUGAAAAUUAUGAAAUUCUCAAGAAAUAACAUCUUUAUUAUGUUUAGGAAGGAAAUUGAAGUUUUUUUUUUUUCGCUAAAUUAUUACCUUCAUGCAGAGCUUGAAAGAGCUGAUAUUUUACGCAUGUUCUGCAGUCGAGGUUAACAACUGUAUCAUGAGUUCACGAUAACAGGACCAGCAUUAGGGAAUUCUUUCUUGGGUUUUAAUUUGCUGAAAUAACUGGGUAUGUAUUGUAACAUUAUUUUAUAAGGAUCAGUAUAUACCCUUUCUCAUUAUCAAUUGUAGAUCUUAUCGUAUAUAUAAUUUGCAUCUGUUAUUAGACAUGAGAGACAGAAUGAUGACUGGGUCUAAACCUUCUACUAAUGGUCUCAGCAUGGAUUUGAAAGCCGCUUUCUAUCUGAGACUGACGAAGUCUAAAAGGACAAUUAGUCUAAAAUGUACAAGAAACAUGCUGAUUAUCAGAAAUAAACUUGUACAACAUAA